AUGAUGAGAUACUUAAGAUUAAAUCAUUAUGAUACAAAUACUUUGUAAUUGCAUUUUGAGUAUAAGGUUAUGUUAAGUUUAGUAAUUGAUGAUAUUUCUUCAAUAUUAACCCCUUGCUUGAAGAGUAUUAAAUAAUAUUUAACAAUGAUUGAAACAUCAUAACCAUUUUGGUAAGACUUACUCAUUUAAAGAAGAUCUAAUAUUAAAUAUGAAAAUAUAAUAACAGUUUAUUAACAAAAUAAAUAUUGGAAUAUUCAUUUUAUGGUUUCAAAAUAAUAUUAUAAUAGAAUGAAAGUUAAUGGAAUAAUAGUAUUUCAGACAUAAUUAAAAUGA